GUUUACAAACAUUUACAAAUGACAAGUGUCGCAGUGUUGCAGUCAGUAAUGUUAUAUAUUUAUUACGAUUAUUAAUACAGACGACAGUUUGUUAGAUUUUCUGUUAUUUGGUUUAUGAUUUAAUUGAUCUGAUAAAAAUGGAUACAAAAAAGUACGGAGUCAGCUUAUCGGCUUUAAAAAGUUUACAAGAUUUCCAGCGUUCGCUCGUGAAUAAGCAACGAAAAACAUUAAUUGCAAUGCCUUUCACAGUUGAAUGUUUGUUUUCCAUCAAUGAUGAAGAACCGUAUCGUUGCAGUAUAGUAGCAGACUCGGGACUUGUCUCUUCUGGGGUGUUUGGUGUGAUUUAUUUGAAAAAUCGGGUUGCUUCCAGUACUGAAACUGAUACUACUGUGGUAUUUGAAGGUAAAGGGCGAUCAAGAUUAUUUCACAAAAUGUCUAUACAAUUUGAUAGAAAAGACGACAAGGAUGCUUUUAUGACCAGCAUUCAAACUGGGAUUCCGAUGAUCGCAGUUUAAGUAGUGCGGAUAGUGUAAUACAGUAGUGUAUUAUUUGUUAUAGUAUAUUGAUUUGGCUGAAUAAAUAAUCUUUGUAUUCAUAGCUCAGAAGAAAUUUAUUUUCUCAAACUCGUUGGGACGUUAGGUAAACUAUUCUUUACAGACAGGGUGUUUUGCCCUCAUGGAAAAAUCUAUCAAUUUUCGUUUAAAAUCUACAUGAGUUUGUAUAGCAUACGUUCUACCUAAUAAAAAUAGGACAGA